CUAUUUGGUAAAUAUUUUUUAUUAUAUUUUUAUAAAAAUAUUUUUAUACAUAAAUAUUUUUAGAUUCAUAAUUAUAUAUUUUUAUAAAUAUUAAUAUCUAGGGAAUCUAGGGAAUAAUAGUAUGAACAAAUGUUAACAGUUUUUCACAUAAUUUAUUUUUUGCAAUAUUUAUUUAUUACGUAAGUGUAAUAAGUUUUCAAAAUUUUGAUAUUUUUUUAAAUUACAAUUUAGUAUAUUUAUUCUAUGAAAGUAUUUAUAAAUAAAUACUAAUAGAAUACUUUUUAUUUGUUUAUAAAAAUUUAUAAUAUUUUAAAAAAUUAGAUAAAUUUGAUAAAUCAUUUGUAUUAUUAAUAAAGUUAAAAUAUAAUAUUUAAAAUAUAAUGGUAGAAAUAAUUGAAAGUUAAUGAAUAUUUACAUUUUAAACUGAAAAUUAUGUAAGUAAUAUAAGUUAUUAUUAACAAAAUUUAUUAUUUUAAUAAAUAAUAAAUUCAAAAGAAAAAGUUAUAUUCAUAUUUUAUAUAAAUAUUUUCUAUUUUAUUCUCACAAUUGCACACAAUUUUUUUAUAAUCUCAUUUUAAUUAUAAUUUUUUAUAUAAAUUAUAAUUUAUUUAUUUAAUUUUAUUAAAUAGAUAUUAUUUUAUAUUUGAUUGAAUUUGAUUGAAUGACCAAAUUAUUAUUAAUAUUUUUAUCAAUUAAAAGUUCUCAAACAAAUAUUAUACUUUUCUUAAUUAAUAAGAAAGAAAAAAAUGGAUGAUAAAAUAAGAAUUUGAAUUAUAAAAAAAAAUGAUUUAUCAAUUAAUUCGCUAAUAAUUAUUAAAUGCGUUAUAAUAGAACUUGGCAACACUGUUACGAAAUGAAAUAAUUCAGUGCAUUUCAUAGUCAUAUGUUUUCUGUCAUGAAAGAGUUGCUGUCAAAUUUAGUGUCAUUCGUGAAUAUUCUGUAAGUGGAAAGAUAAAGAUUGUCAAGAACACUUCUUCAAUACACGAUAUUCUUCGUAUAUAUCUGCAUCUGCGUUACCAAGAAUAAAGGCAACGUAACCUAUUUUUUAAAUCGCAUUCAAAUUCUCUUUUUAUUAAUUUACCACAAACAAUAAUACUUUAAACGUCAUAUCCUAAGAGUAAAAUACAUUUUACAACUUGGAAAAUCAACGUUUCAAGUUGUCACGUGAAACACGCAAUUUUUAUAUGAUAUUUCAGUAUAAAAUAAACAAAAGUAUUACACUUUCCCAGAGUCAACAUAAAAAAGUUUUAUAAAAAAUUGUUGUAUAAAAAAUACAUUUUAAAAUAUAACAAAGGAUUAAUAAAUAAAGAAUUACAAAGUAUUUACAAAGUAUUUCUAAUAUAAUAUGAAUAGGAUAACUAAUAGUGCAACAGCAAGACUGAAACAAGAUUAUUUGCGUCUUAAAAAAGACCCUAUACCAUAUGUUGUUGCAGAGCCAGUUCCUUCUAAUAUAUUAGAAUGGCAUUAUGUAGUAAAAGGCCCAGAGAAAACUCCCUAUGAAGGAGGAUUUUAUCAUGGGAAACUUAUAUUUCCAGUAGAAUUUCCAUUUCAGCCUCCUAGCAUUUAUAUGACUACUCCUAAUGGCAGAUUUAAAGUCAAUACAAGAUUAUGUUUAUCUAUUUCUGAUUUUCAUCCUGAUACAUGGAAUCCAGCAUGGAGUGUGUCUACUAUUCUUACAGGAUUACUUAGUUUCAUGAUUGAAAAUAGUCCUACCAUGGGUAGUAUCAAUACAUCAGAUUAUGAGAAGAAACAAUUUGCUGCACAGAGUUUGGAAUAUAAUUUAAAGGACAAGUUGUUUUGUGAACUUUUUCCAGAAACUGUUGAGACAAUAAAGGCAGAAUUAGAACAUAGAAAAGAAUUAGAAAAACAGGCAAGGCAUCAAUCCACAGCUUCAGAAGUUUCUUCACUAUUACGUGAUCAAUUGCAAAGGGAUCAAAGUCCAUUGUAUAAUGUGCUCACCAAUCUUGUUGUCAUCAUAGGAUUUGCAGCCUUUGCUUUUACAGUAAAAUACGUGUUGUGGAGCGUUGCCACAGAAUAAGUAAAAAAAAAUGAAUGUAUAGGAUUUGUUCUUUGUUUUUUAUGUAUAGGAAGAAAAGUGAAAAAAAGUUGUGAUAAUGAUGCGUGCAGAUCUUGAAAAGAAGUAUUAAAAAUUCAAUUGGGACUUUGUCCAUAAUUGUCGAAUUAACACGAAGAAUAUAUUUAAUCUUCUGGUUUUUAAAUACGCUAAUAUAUUAUGGGCGUUUGAUAGAUUUUUAUAUCAAAGUUACUUGUAAAAUACAAGUUGUAUUAUAUUUGCAAAUUUUAAACAUGAUAAUCGUGAAACAAUGGUAAUAAUUCCUUGAAGAAUUCUACAUAAAAGCGUUUAUCAUUGGAAAUAAAGUAUCAAUAAGUUUUUAUGCAAUUGUAAAAAAAGAUCAAAAGAUUAAUUGAUUUAAAUCAAUGUAAAUUUUGGAUUCAAUUUAUCGGCUUUCGGUCAGGUUCUGUUACGCGUAUUUCCAAAGUAUAGUUCAACUAUCUGAAUUUUAAUAUUUAGCAAUUAUUUGAUGAAUUAUGAUAAAGGAAGAGAGAAAGAGUGUAUAUGUGUAUAUGUGUGCGUAUAUGUGUGUGUGAAUGGAGAAAGAGGAAGGAAGAGAAUGAAAGAAAUAGAAUGAUAAAUUAAAAUCGUGGGGGCUUCCCAACACAACUAUAAAAUCAAUGAAAAUUAAAAUUUUGCUACAGUCUUCGUAAUUUUUAAUUUCUAAUUUCCAUUAUACAUCUAUAACAUAUUAUAUCAUAAAAACUUCCCGAAUCUGUCUAAAGAAGUUUGCCUCUGCGAUGUGCCAAUGAGAAACUAAGUCAAAAUUUCUAACUGAAUCGAACUAAGCUUAAUAGAGAAUAGCUUGUGUCAUCGGCGAAAUAUGUCGAUCUUGUAAAUAUGUGUAGUAGACUAGUAAAACAUAUGUAAUAUCAAAGAUAAAGAAACUUAUCACAAAAGAAAGAAA